AAUAUAUUUUAUAUAAUAUGAAAGUGUCAAGGAUUGCUGGAAUAAUUAGAGAGAAGAGCGAAUUUUUAUUAAAGUAUAAGGAGUGCUCGUAUAGUUCUGUGAUAUAUGAUGACAUCUUAAAUAUCACAGAAGAAAUUCUUACUUCGCAAAUGAAUAUGCAGUAUGCAGUAUAUCUACUUAAUGUGUACUAUGUUUUGCUCAAUGAAAGCAAGGAGAUGACGGUGCGCGAGGUAUUUUACCGGUGCAAAAGAUUAUUUAAAGAACAAAAGAAAGUAAUUAAAAUAUUAGGAGACAUAGAAAAGCGGCUGAAUAUAACUUUAAAUAUAAUUUCUGGGUACAAGGGAUUGCUAUAUGGAGAGUGUAAAAUAGUUAAAGAAGCAGAAGAAAUAAUAAUGAAGAAUACUUCUGUUAUACCUCGUGUAAGACCUGGCGAGAGAGUAGUGACUGGUGCUAGUGUGGUGAUUGUUGUAGAAAAAGAGGCAAUUUUUAAUGAUAUUAUACAGGAGAUAGAGAAUAUAGAAAAUAAAGUAGGUAAAGUAUUAAUUAUUACUGGGAAGGGGUAUCCUUGCACUAAUACACUUAUGUUUCUUGGUGUGCUUUCUAGUGUUAGAAUAUAUGGACUAUUUGACUGUGAUCCACACGGGCUGUCUAUAUACUCUGUGUAUAAGUAUGGAAGUAAAAAAAGGCCGCACUUAAAAAUACCGAACAUGCAGAGAAUAGGUGUACACCUGCAGGAUAUACCUGUUACACGAGAGACAAUCUAUAUUCAUCGUAAAUAUCAGAUAACUCUUCUAAUGAAUUUAAAGACUAUAGAAGAAUUAAAGAAUGACAUUGAUAUAAUGAUAAAAACAAAAAGAGUCGCUUCAAUAGAAGAAAUAGUUCAGAUAAAACCUGUAUACAAAUACAUAACUGGCAAAAUAAUGCACAGUGCAUAAGAAAUGUACAUGCAUACUAUGAUAAUAGAAAAAUGAAUGCCACCUAGAUACAUUACUAUAAUAGGGAUGGCAUUCUGGAAUGACUGGACAAGUAUGUUUAAGCGACUGGUAUUAGCCAUGCUAAUC